AUGUCGGAGGCGGCGGCGGUGGCGGGGAUGGCGGCAGCGGCGAUGGCGGAGGCGCGGCUGCGGCGGAAGCAGUUGCUGAGCGCGGAGGAGGCGGAGCUGUUCGAGCUGGCGCAGGCGGCGGGCAGCGGGCUGGACCCGGAGGUCUUCCGGGUGCUGCUGGACCUGCUGCGCAUGAACGUGGCGCCGCUCGCCGUCUUCCAGGUGCUCAAGUCCAUGUGCGCCGGGCAGCGGCUGCCGCCGGGACCCGAGAGCGGACCCCCCGCCGUGCCGGCGCCGCUCCCCGCCGAGACCCGAGGGAGAAAUAAAACCAGUUCUGCUGUCAGUGGGACCCAGGUUCUAGCAGAAAGGAGCAGCCGGGAAGGAUCUGCCCAGAGGAUGCCUCGGCAACCGAGUGCGAGCCGGCUGCAGAAAGCAGGAGCUUCUGGAAAGAACAGUGGAGGAGGCAACAGUACCUAAUAAGGCCUUGGAACCAAUAUGUUUUGAUGCUUGACAAUGUAUAUAAACCGUGCUUGUUAAAACCACUUGUGUUGUAUGUAUGAACCUGACAAACAUGAUUUGUAAUAC